AUGGACAUGUCGCCGCUGCCUCACAAGGCGCCCUUCGUAGCCCAUGUUGAGCUGCCGUCCCCAACCCCAGGCUCAGACGAAGUAAUGACGGAAACACCGACAUCAAGGUCUGACUCACUCCACCCAUCAAAACCUGUUGUGGCCGACCGCAAAAGGCUGGGUCUUAGGCGACCGUCCCUCACCCGUGCCAAAGGCUUCACGGCCAUUGGCACGCUUGGGCGUCCCCAGGGCGAGAAUCAGCUACCGCCAUUCCGAUUCGGGGCAGGAGCCGACGGCCUGCUCGGUUCUUCUCCCGCUUCGUCCAUGUCCUUGAGCGAGUGCUUUGAGGACUCCCCCCCUCAGGAACGGCGCCCGAAAAGCGCCAAUAGCCCUUGUGCUCCGAUGGCGAUCACACGUCCCAAGGCGCACUUCAAUAGCCUCAAUGGCGUGAGCGGUGCGCGCAAUGGGUCGCCCAGUAUCGGCCAAGGUCGGAGAAGUACGAAUCCCUUCAUGCGGCCACGGAAGCAGCAGUAUCGGCGAUCGUUGAGCAUGUUUGAGAACCCCGGCGACGUCGUGGGGGGCAAGAAGGAUGGAGCGGCGUUUGCCUGCACAGCCCUGCAGUCGGUGAUGGACCUUGAAGAGCAGCCCGAGCUCGUUCUCCCGCACUUUUUUCCCGAGGACGAGUGUGACAACAUCCCGCGUAUCACACGCGAGACGAUGCUCGAGGUCCUUGACGGCAAGUACAGCGAGCAUUUCGACAACAAAAUGAUCAUUGAUUGUCGGUUCGAGUACGAGUACGAGGGGGGCCAUAUCGACGGUGCCAUCAACUAUAACGACAAAGAGCUGUUGGCUAGUCAGCUGGUCGACAACCCGAUGCCGGGCCGCACCCUCUUGAUCUUCCAUUGCGAAUAUUCGGCCCAUCGGGCCCCGAUCAUGGCCCGCCACGUCCGCGCCAGGGACCGGAACGAGAACGCCGCCCAAUACCCCAAGCUCUUCUACCCGGAAAUCUACAUACUGGAGGGCGGCUACAGUGCAUUCUUUGCGGAGCACCGCGAGCGCUGCUAUCCUCAGGCCUAUGUCGAGAUGAACGCCGCUGAACACGUUAACACCUGCGAGCGGGAAAUGAAUCGUCUGCGCCAGAACCGCAGGGGCCUGGGUCGCGCGCAAACCUACGCCUUUGGUCAACAAGACCCUUCUUUGCAGGACUCGCCAACCGCCCCCGGCCGCAUCAACCCUCGCGAUCGUGAUAUCACCAAAAUGCUAGGGGCAUCACCCAGCUGUGGCGCUGAACGAGGCCCUGCGAGGCGGAUGGUGUCAUUUUGA